GACUUGUAAUGUUAGCUGUGUAUUUUGGGAAGAGAGAGAAAUAGAGAAAAGGAAAAAAGAGAGAAAAGAGAAAGGAGAAGAGAGAGAGGUUUGUUUUGGUGGUUGACUCCCAAACAAAAAAGAAAGAAAAAAUUUUAGGGAUUUAAAGAGAGAGAGAGAGAGAGAGAGAGGAGGAAAGGAAAGGGAGGAUUUUUUUUUUUUUUUUGGAGAGAGAAAUAGAAGAGGUUUGACUCUCUAUCUCUCUCUGCAAAUCCAUGGCGUUUUCUUCACAUCACCUUCAUAUCCUCCUUCCUAAAAUCCUUCAUUUCUUGCAAUAGUAAUUACUGCAGGCCUAUUUUUUUCUUCUGGGUCUCCUUCAAAUUUGAAUUCUAAAAGAAAAGAAGAAAAAAAAAUAUCACAGGUUUGCGAUUUAUUAACGUUUUUUCUGAAUUGGGUGGUCCUGAAAUCUGAAAGUUUGAGGGUUCUGAUUGAUGGGGAAUUGCUGUGUAACCCUCGGUAACUCUGCCCAGAAUAAGAAGAAGACAAAGAAGAAGCCAAAUCCCUUUGCUACUGAUUUUGGUGCUGCCAAUGGCAAUGAGGGUGGGGACAAGCUGUGUGUUUUGAAAGACCCGACAGGGAAAGACAUUUCGGCCCAAUAUGAUCUGGGUAGGGAGCUCGGCCGUGGAGAAUUUGGAAUCACUUACUUGUGCACAGAUUUGUCAUCAGGUGAGAAAUUCGCCUGCAAAUCGAUUUCGAAGAAGAAGCUGAGGACUGCUGUGGAUAUUGAGGAUGUGAGACGUGAGGUGGACAUCAUGAGGCAUUUGCCUCAGCACCCCAACAUUGUGUCAUUGAAGGACACUUACGAAGACGACGAGGCGGUUCACAUUGUGAUGGAGUUGUGUGAGGGAGGCGAGCUGUUUGACCGCAUUGUUGCUAGGGGUCACUAUACGGAGCGUGCAGCUGCUGCUGUAAUGCGGACAAUUGUUGAAAUUGUUCAGAGCUGUCACAAGCAUGGAGUAAUGCAUCGCGAUCUCAAACCAGAAAACUUUCUAUUUGCAAAUAAGAAAGAAUCAGCUGCCUUAAAAGCAAUUGAUUUUGGGUUGUCCGUAUUCUUUAAACCUGGUGAGCAAUUUAAUGAGAUAGUCGGAAGUCCGUACUACAUGGCUCCAGAGGUUCUGAAGCGCAAUUAUGGUCCCGAGGUUGACAUCUGGAGUGCCGGAGUAAUCCUGUAUAUUUUACUCUGUGGUGUUCCACCUUUCUGGGCAGAAACUGAACAAGGAGUAGCACAAGCAAUUAUCCGCUCUAUCAUUGAUUUCAAGAGGGACCCUUGGCCUAGAGUCUCUGAUAAUGCGAAGGACCUGGUAAAAAAAAUGCUUGAUCCUGAUCCCAAGAAGCGGCUGACAGCUCAAGAAGUACUUGAUCAUCCUUGGAUACAAAAUGCCAAGAAGGCCCCAAAUGUUCCACUUGGUGAGACUGUGAGAGCAAGGCUGAAACAAUUUUCUGUAAUGAACAAACUAAAAAAAAGAGCUCUGGGGGUCAUAGCCGAGCAUUUGUCAGUUGAGGAAGUAGCUGGCAUAAAGGAGGCAUUUCAACUGAUGGAUACUGAUAAAAAAGGCAAGGUAUCCCUGGAUCAGCUUCGAAAUGGAAUACAAAAACUCGGCCAGCAGAUUCCUGACCCAGAUUUACAAAUACUAAUGGAAGCUGCUGAUGUUGAUGGUGAUGGAGCUCUGAAUUAUGGAGAGUUUGUUGCGGUUUCGGUUCACCUUAAAAAGAUGGCCAAUGAUGAGCACCUACAUAAAGCUUUUGCAUUCUUCGAUCAAAACCAAAGUGGUUACAUAGAAAUUGAAGAGUUGCGAAAUGCUUUAAAUGAUGAUGUUGAUGCAGGCGGCGAGGAAGUUAUCCAUGCAAUUAUGCAUGAUGUGGAUACAGAUAAGGAUGGGCGCAUAAGUUAUGAGGAGUUUGUCGCUAUGAUGAAGUCUGGUACAGAUUGGAGAAAAGCAUCCAGACAAUAUUCACGGGAAAGAUUCAACAGCAUAAGCUUGAAGUUGAUGCGUGAAGGGUCUUUACAGUUAACCAAUGAGGACACCGCUCCUCUAGGUGCUGCAUGACGGGCAACAAGAGAUCUGGCUUGUGCUCAUAGUGCUCAAUUGCGGUCUACAACAAGGACUCAUCUCAGCCUGGUGGAGGCUUCUUAGGACAAAGAAUACCAAGUUCCAUUGAAUGACAAGCUGGCUAUACAAGUAUGUCACAUGGUCAUUCCAGUGCCCCUCUCUCUUCCUAGUUAGUAUUGGUAGAAGAAACUUGGUUUCUGUUUCCUUGCUACAUAAACAGUACAGUCCAAGUAUGUGAUAGGUGUGUUUCGUGUCUGAUUUUUCGGUGAAGCGUGUGAAUACUAAGGGAAGGUGGAAACUAUUAACGAUGAUUCUCUGGCCGGAAAAAAAAGCUUCAUUUCAAAUGGUGCUAAAUGAGAAGAUUGUGGGCAGCCGGUUGGAGACAUUAACUUGGGUUAUGUUCGUUUUGCGGUUUUAGGUACUAUUAGUGCCAAAGGAACAAAAUGUCGAGUGCAAUGCUGAGGCAAUUUACGAUGGUUAAUAUUGGCGUAAUUUUUCCGAGUCAAAUACAAUAAAUAUAUGCUAUUUAAGGAACCAAAAUCAAAGAAAUAUUGCAUAGUGCUCGGAUUGGUCUCCGGCAUCUUCAUUUUUUUA